CCUUUUGUAUCUAAAAUAUCAAAUAUCCUCUAUCUGGCUCUUGAUUCUGGUCUCAUGAUUUUGGUGAAUCUGUCGGUUGGUUUACUAUCAAUGGAAGUCUUUCAUUGUUAGUUCAACUAAUUCAGUUGUUCACAAUGGAUCUCGAGUUAGCUGUAUGCUAUACUCUUAUAAGAGUUGGUAUACCUAUUUUACUUCUUUUUGCUGUUUGCAUACGACAAAAUUUAUUCUCUGGCAUCUAUUUGGUUCAUUUAUUGGUUGGACCUUUUCUUCCAUAUUCCAGUGGCAGGAGUUUAACUAAAGGAAAUGUCGGAAUUUACUUGAAAAUUUUAAUCAUCAGCUCAGCGCUUAUUUGUGCGGCUCAAGUUGUUUUCCAAAUCGUUCUUCUCGUCUCACCCGCCACAUAUCGAUCAACACUUGAUUAUUGUUCUUUCCAUGGUCUUCUUUUAAAUUCCAUCGGGUUAAAUCGGCUUGAUGAUGUUUCCUUUUUUGAGAUUUUACGUCUCAUCGCACUGGACUUUGUUGUCUUCUUUUUUUCUGCUGCUGUCUUCCUAGUCACCGAGAGUGUUUACGAAAAAUGGGCCGAACGAUUGGCAGCUAGACGUGCUGCAAAUCGACGCAAUUCAAACUCGCAAGCUAGACGCAAUGCUAACAGAGACGAAAAUCGUCUGGAUCGAGGUGACUCAAUUGUUGAAGCUCAAGAAUCAAGUACGACCGGACCAUCAACUUCCAAUACAAGUAAUACUGUUCGUGAGAGUCAACUUUUCAAUGGCCAAGGUUCUACUGUUGAUGGAAACAUGGAUAUCAAAGACCUACAAAGAGUUGAAAGAUAUCGUCUGCGUCGACAGAAAGCGUUGGAAACCAUUAAAUUAGUUUCUGAAAUUGUUUUUGUGUCUCUUCUGUGUGGAUCCGGAAUACUCAAUCCAUCUGUUACCUCAUCUAUUUACUUCAUCAGCUUUUUAUCCAUAGUCACAUUAGUUUCGUGCAAUCCAUCGCUUAGGCCAGCAACGAUCCUAUGUUUAAUUUUAAUUUGUCAUCUUACUGCACUCUUCCUCUAUCAAAUGGAUUGGUUCCGAACUAAUCUUCCUGAAACAUCUCUAUGGGUCAGAUUAUUUGGAUUACGACCUUAUGUUAAAGUUAAUUGUACAAGUGCUCGGGAACUUUACUUCGAAAAUUUCAACUGGAACAUUUAUGCACACCCAUUUUUCUUGGUUAUCCUUUAUGUCUUUGCUGGCUCCUUUGUUAGAGCUGAAAUUUUUCACCAAGCAAAGAUUAUUGUUAAAUUUAAUGAUUUGGUUGAGGAAGAGUCGGAAGUUGUUGGAUACACCAUGCCUUUGCACGAUCUUGCUCCUUUUAAGACUGAAUCAACACCACUUCUUUCUGGAACUGAACCUAAACGUUAUCAAGCUCUUCAAGAGCAACCUUCAAUUCCUAGAACUGGAUUGGAAAUGGAUCCACAUGGGAGUCUUACAUGGAGAAAUGACCUUGUCGAUGGAGCCAGUGUUACCAGUAGUGUACAAAAAACAACUGUACAAACUGGUCCAACAUCACCCAAUCCUACUACAGUUGAUAGAUCUCUACGUUGGGCUCCAAUCUUCUAUCUAAUGAAUUUAAUUAAACGUGGAAGCUAUGCCCUAACCUUAAUUGUUAUGAUGACAUGGAGCAUAACAUAUCAUAGUUGGCUUGGCUUCACCCUACUCCUUUGGUCCUGUGUAAUCUGGAUGAUGCCUAAUUCACGUCAAGCCUGUCUUAAAUCGUCAUUUUGUCUUGUCAUUUACGCCAUUCUACUUCUUCUUUCUCAAUACAUUUUCAGUUUGGAUCUUCGAGAAGAUGAGUUACCUCAAUUUAUUGGAACAAUCAAUCUCAGUGAGAUUGGUUUGAAAAAAUAUUUUGAUAUGUCAUAUAAACCUCUAGCUUUAAAGACACUUUUUACCUGUAUGUUUUGGAUAACAUUACGUCAGUAUAGUGAAGAGCAAACUUUGGCUCGAUGGAAUCAAGAACGAGAUAGAUCGUUGAGUACAAAUAGAGGAAGCCAGGGUCGACCUUCAUUCCAACGUCACAUGAGUCUUGCAAGCGCAGUUUUACCCCAAGUCAGCCCGACGUUACUUUUACUUUCCAAUUUUAUAAGAGGUUUAUUUAUUAAAUAUUGGAUUUGGGUUGUUGCCAUUAUGCUAAUGGUUAUGUCACUUGGUGGAGAUCGAGUUGUCAUUUAUCGAAUUGCUUACAUGUCUCUUUUCUUGAGUUUUAUUUUUGUUUUUCAACUUUCAUUUAAAUUAUGGCGAAAAUUCAUGUAUCCUUUUUGGCUGGUUGUAAUCAUUUACUCAAUGACUGUUCUCAUCGCUAUUUAUACUUAUCAAUUUCAACACUUUGCUCGUUAUUGGCAAGAUUAUCUUCGAAUGAGUAAAGAAAUGCAAGAAGCUUUGGGCCUCAAAUUAUAUGGAGCAGAUCCUUGGGUACUUUUUAAAGAGCUUUUUACCCCAACAUUUUUUUUAAUUAUCACAAUUAUCCAACUUCGAUUUUGGCAUAAAGACUUUCUUUUAUUCACAAGAUGUGAUUUAAUACCUGAAAGGCGAGAAGGGUCCAGCACUUCUACCAGCACUACAACACCAGCGGCUGGGCCUAGUAAUGCAGGGUCAACUACAACAGAUUUGCCAAAAGACAUAAAAAUUGAAAUUGAUUCUGAUACAACUACUUCAACCACCACCAAAUAUACUCCAUCUAAAUCUGGAACCAGUCAAGCUGCCAGUUCAGCUACCAAAUCUGGUAAAACGUCUUCCCGAACAAUGACUACUACAAGAGAUUCUGAUGAUUGCAUUGAAAGUAUUUUGCUUAAAUCAGAAACCAAAAAGAAACGAAUACCUCGUUUAUCUGUGAGCUUUGUAUCUUCAAAGUUACGUUCAUUUAUAGCGGCUAUCGGCCCAGCUAUGCAUUUUUUCCUCCAACUUAUCUGGAGAUUACUUGAAAUUCAUCUUAACAAAAUUUGCCUUUUAGUUGCAACUAUAGCUGCUCUCAAAGAGGUUUCCCUUGUUAACAUUGCUUUUAUCGUUCUCAUUUCAAUUGCAAUUUCGUUAACACAAUUCGAGAGAUUUAUCCUGUAUUUAAUCGGCUCUUGGGCUUCUGUUCUCAUUCUUACCAAAAUGGUUUAUCAAUUGCCUACUGUUUACUCUUCAACUACAUGGUUAUCAAACUGUACUUCCGAUCCAUAUUCAAAUACAUCAUUCCCUAUCUCUGGUCCUAUUGACAAUCGACUUUAUAUUGGAUUCAAGGAAGUUGAAAAUAAUCAAGUAUUCAAUUACAUAAAGCUUGAUCUUUUCGUUACUUUGAUGCUUACAAUAAACUCUAUCGUGGCCAUUAGACAACAAAUUCAUCGUCAAAGAAAGAAUAUUCGACCUUUACCUCCUGGAAUCGCUAUUUCUGGAGUAAAACGACAAGAUGCUGAGAAAGGAUUUCUCGGGCUUGCAAGAUACUUGAUCAACUAUGGUUUUUAUAAAUUUGGUCUAGAGAUUACUUGUUUUAUGAUUGUUAUUGCCAUUCAAUAUCGCAAAGAUAUUGUUAGCUGUUUUUAUUCUGUUGCUCUCAUCAUCUUUACAAUGUGUCCAAGGCGUAUUAUAAAUCGCAUUUGGCCUUACUUUUUAGGAUUUCUUUGCGUUUUCUUACCAAUCGAAUACAUAUCAUGUGUUGGGAUACCACCAGGUUUCUGUAUCAAUUACCCUUGGGAAAGUUCAUCAGCUUACUUUCAAAUUUGUCGAGAAUGGCUUUUUUUACCUGAUUUCAUCAAACCUCCUGAUGCUUUUAAAUUAUUUUAUGAUUUCUUUGUACUAUUUCUUGCUGGUCGUCAAUAUCUUGUCUUCAAAAUUGAACGAAGACCUGAUCCAUUUAAUUAUGAAGGUGGUGAUAACAUUGAUCUGGGCUCAGAAGCAUGUACUCAUAAUCCUGAUAUUGAAGACUUUUUCACCUUUACCAAUACUAUAUUUGAUCACAUCAGAUCACUAUUUUUCACUACAUUUGUCUGGCUAACUUUGGCAAUUGUUUUCCUAACAGCAAUGUCUCCUGACAAUUUAUUUGGAGUUGGCUAUAUCAUUGGAUGUUUCAUCUUUCUUUGGAUGGGCAGUGACAUUUACCUUCGACAACAAAGAAACAUUGUAUUAGCUUGGAAGAUAUUGAUCUUUUACAACCUAUUCGUUAUUUUGUCCAAAACAAUUUUACAGAUUAUUGGUUGUACCUAUCAACGGGAACUUUUAGGCAGUUAUUGCUGGGCUGUUCAAUUGAUGGGAAUUGUUUGUGAUCGAGGAAUAAUAGAACCAGGACCUGUAAAGUACAAUUGCGUUAUUGACCAACGAGAUCGAGUUCAACUCACUAUGGAUUGCCUUUGUUUCUGUUUCCUUUUAAUGCAAAAACGCAUAUUUGGCAGCCAUUAUUUUAAGUUUUUAGUCAAAGAAAUAUGGGCUCAAACUACUUUAGCUUCACGGGGUGCUCAAUUAAUUCAUGAGGUUCAAUUGAAAGAAGUUCGUGAACAAGAGAAUUCUGAAAGAGAAGUUAUGGAAAAAAUUAAAGCUAAAAUGGACCGUAUUCGUGCCAACCAACAAGCUUCUCUCGGUGCUAGAUCAAGUAAUAAGAUCAAUAAGAUCAAAUAUCAUUAUCAAGCUGUUAAAUCAGGAGAUUACUACAUGUUUGAUGAACCGGAUUUGGAAGUAAUUGACUUUAAUGAGAAAACUCGACGUCCUCAGAUACCUGAUCCAGUUGGUGAUGAACUUGAUCGUAUUGCAAAUCUUCAUGGAGUCACGGCAUUUUGCAGCUCUUUAAUUAAAGGACAAUCAGCUCAAUCAGAAAUAGAACAAAAAAAGAAAAUCGAAGACAAGACGGAUGUCGGUGAAUCAAGUAAAGACUCGGCUAUAAUAUCUGUUGAUAGAGAACCCGAAAUUGAUAGGGAAUCGUCAUUGACUACACAAUUCUCUUCAUUACCACCAACAUCGACAAUUCCAGAAUCACCUGAAUCUGAAGGUUCAUCAACUUUAGCAGUUGAUUCAGAAAGUGAUGAACUUAUCAAAGAUGAUGAUAAAUUUGAAGAAACGGAAUCUGAAGUUGCUUCUGAUGAUGGACAAUGUGAAUCUAUUAUUAGGAAAAUUGAAUGGUGGUGUAAAUUGACUGUUUUAUUUUUCAAGAGUCUUGUCAUAAGUUUGACAUCUAAAUUAAAUUCACUUUCACGAGACUAUAGAUUUGUAUCUCGAAGAUUGGAAAUUGAGAGAAAAGCCUUAAAAAGGUUAAUUAUUGACGAUGAUUACGACCGUGAUCAUGAUUUGCAAAGAGAAACACUAGAACUGAUUUCUAAAGCAUCAUAUACUGAUUUAAACAGAAUAAGUAAUUCACCUCGACCCAUUCUUAUCAGAGAAGAACUGUUUAUAAGCAUUGUACCUCGAGAAGAUAACGAAGCUCCAAGUGAAGAUAAACUGACAACACCUGAUCCAUUUUUGGAAGCCAACUUCUUUGUUCGUUUUCUGUGGUCCCUUUUUUAUGCCAUUAUCUCUCAUUCGGAAUUUCUCUGUUAUUUCCUGGUUAUCCUCAAUCAAUUAAUCAAUGCAAGUCUACUCUCAAUGCCUUUACCAUUGAUGGUCUUCCUCUGGGGCUGUCUAUCAGUUCCUCGUCCAACUCGAACCUUUUGGCUUUACGUUAUAACUUAUACGGAACUUGUAAUUAUUACAAAAUAUUUGUUCUCCUUCAAAGUAUGGAGAUGGAUGUCCGGUCCAGUGGAUAAUGAUCCAUUCUGGCCUCCAACAUUAUUUGGUGUUGUCGAUAUUGAUCCCUCCACUCAUCAAAUCAGAGAAGGCAGUAAAUCUAAAAUGGAUUUACUCCUAUUAUUGGCUUUAUUCUUCCAUCGUUUCAUGUUAAAAAGCCUUGGCUUAUGGGAUCUUGAUGAGACUUUUGAACUUACUAGAGAAUCUUCGAGAGGUCAAAAUCGGGAAGUUGCUUCAGCUUCUGGAGCUAGUCGUGAUGAGAUAUCUAAAGAAGUUAAAAUUGUUCCGAUAAAAUACCGUAAAGAAAGUGAAACUAUUCUAAGGAGACGAAAUAUAGAGGAUUUAUCUUUCUCUGAUGAAACUCAAAGAUAUCAAGAAGAUGAACCAUUGUCCAAUUUUGUGACUCAAGAUGAUAAGGAAAUCGAAAUCGUUCAAAAGUUACUUGAAGCAAGUGAAAAUAUGCAGAAAAAAUGUUGGGCCACUGUUUCUCCUGUCAGACAGUUCAUCACACGAAUUUUGUCACCACCGUUUCGAAUAGCAAAAGAUUAUUAUGCAAUGAUGUUUUUCUGCGAUUUCAUUAACUUUUUUACUGUUUGGUUUGGUUACAGUUCAUUUGGAACUAGUCCUGGUGUUGGUGAUAUUACAACAUAUUUACAAGAAAAUCGAGUUCCAAUGCCUUUUCUAUUCAUGCUACUUUUCCAAUUUGGUUUAAUCAUCAUUGAUCGUGGUCUUUACCUGCGAAAAGAUGUCAAAAAGAGAUUAAUAUUCCAUAUUGUUAUUUCUUUUGCAAUGCACAUUUUCCUAUUCAUAGCGUUACCCGCUAUGACUGGUCGAUCCUUUACAGACCCAGACAAUAAUGCACCUAAACUGUGGUACAUUUUUAAAUCAAUUUAUCUUCUUCUAUCUGCCUGGCAAAUUAAAAGUGGUUACCCGACUCGAAUUCUGGGUAAUUGUUUCACCAAAAAGUACACAUUCGUAAAUUCGACCCUCUUCAUGCUUUACAUGUUGGUACCUUUUCUUUAUGAUAUGCGUUUAAUGAUGGACUGGAUGUGGACUGAUACCAGUCUCGGUUUAAAUGAAUGGGCAAUCAUGGAAGAUAUAAAUAAACAAUUAUUUGAAAGAAAAUGCGAACUGACAUUCGAAGAAAAUUUCCCCGAACCUGGUGCAAUAUCUCGAAGAAGAGCACCAAAAUAUAUUAGAGGAGGAGCUAUUCUUCUUUUAAUGAUUGGUGCUAUUUGGUUUCCAUUGUUUAUUUUUGCUCUCAGCGGUACCAUUGGACAGCCGAAUGCACCUUCCGAGUUUGCCAUUGAAAUUGAAUUCAGUGGCUAUCAGUCAAUAUUUAAAGUGAGCUCGACUAAUGAAGCUUUGGACCCAUUCACAUCCAAAACUUACUAUGCUCUUGAACAAUUAUGUAACCAGAAAAAAUGGGUUAGUGGACAGAAUCUACUCUCAACGUAUAGUUAUGCGGAUGCAGUUAAAUCAAAAAUUAAUGGCAAUUCAACAGCAGUUUGGGCGAUAAGUCCACCAAGUCAACGAUCUUUGAUUGAAGCCUUGCAAUCUGAUAUGCCAAUUCUUGUUAAAAUUACCUACUCAAUCACUCGAGAUUCAAAGUCAAAGACUCAAAACUUAAAUCCCAGUAUUUACAAUUAUCAUACAAUCGAAAUCACCAAAGAUGAUGAACAACUGAGGAAAACAUUGAUUAAUAUGCUUCGUCAUCCCGACUUCAUCGACGAUAAUGAAGUCAUCUAUGAUAGUCAAAAUGAACCGGCAAUAUUGAGAGAAAUUUUCCCUAAUUAUUUAAAAGCUCCUGAAGCAGGAAUGCCUGAAGUUCUAGAAGAUUUUGGUCCAGCUUAUCGUGAUGUUGCUAUAAUUUUGAAAAAAGGAACCUUUGAAAAUGGAUCAAUCGCUCAAUGGUGGGAAGUUUCUGAAGCGAAUUGUACAAAUGAUUCCGAUCCUUUCUCUUAUUUUGAUGAUGGUGGGGCACAUUGUCAAUACUUAACUAGUGUUAUCUUUAGUGACAAAAUAUUCCCUGGACCAUUACUUCAGCUAAUUUCUGGUCAUGGAAUCUUUGGUCUUUAUACAACUUUUGUAUUUGUUGUUUCUCGACUCAUUCGCGGCUUCUUUGCUGAUUUAUGUAACAAAGUUAUUUACACUCAAAUGCCUUGUGUAGACAGGGUACUUCAAUUAUGUCUUGAUAUCUACCUUGUUCGGGAGAGCAGAGAAUUUGGUUUGGAAGAAGAUCUUUACGCCAAAUUAAUAUUUCUCUAUAGAUCUCCAGAGACUUUAAUCAAGUGGACAAAGCCUAUCGAACCUCCUUCACUUCCUCCACCUGCCUGUCAACCUUCCAAUAUGGAACCAGUUAAAGAAGAGGAUAAAAGUGUUGAUGAACAAUCAGAUGCCUGAUUGUUUUUAAUUAUUACCAUAAACUUGUUAUUUCUCCCUUCCAAUUUAUAGUAUUAUUAUUACAUUGUAUAUUUUUAUAAGUUAUUUCUAUUUCUUUUUAACCAUUUACAAGAGAAAAGAACUCGAAUUAAGAUUAUAAAGUAUGUUAUGAAAAGAAACAAUUGUUGCUGUUCUAGUCAUUAUCAAUCGAGAUUGCUACAUGAAUGAUAAAAUGAUUAAAUAAAUUGCGAAAUCUCAUUGAAAA